AAAUAGUUGGCGGGAGUGAGAAAAAUAUAUGGAGUUCAAUGUUGUUCAUUACAGCAUUUCUGAUAUUGGGAUGGAGAAUUAUGGAUCGGAUUUGGCUUAAACCUAAGAAGAAGGAGAGAAUGCUUAAGCAGCAAGGCUUCAAAGGGAACCCAUAUACCCUGACCAGGCUUCUGUUUGGAGACGUAAAAGAGAACUCAGUCGAAUAUGCUGAAGCCUUGCGAAAGACUAUCAAUAUUCACGACGAAGCUGUUCCCCGUGUCAUGCCCUUCGUUCACAAAACCAUUGAAAAAUACGGUAAAAUGUCGUUCAUGUGGGUUGGACCGAGACCUCGGGUGCUCAUUAUGGAUCCUGAGUUGAUGAAAACAGUGAUGAGUAAAUACAAUAUUUUCAAAAAGAAUUUUAAGGUAACCAAUAAUAUAGUACAAACACUUAUUAGUGGAAUCCUUAAUCAAGAGGGAGAAGAAUGGAGCAAAAACAGAAAGACUCAAAAUCCAAUUUUCCAACUGGAAAAAAUUAAGCAAAUGAUACCUGCAUUUCAAGUAAGCUGCGAUGAAAUUGUGAACGAAUGGAAGAACUUGGUGUCGAGCUCCAAGGAUGGCUCCUGUGUGGUGGACGUGAUGUCUCAUAUAGAAGUCUUGACCACUAAAGUAGUGUCCCGAACUUUAUUUGCCACUGACUAUGCUCAGGAUAAAAGGAUCUAUGAAAUUCUUAAAGAAUUGACUGCUAUUGCGAGACAGACAACCCGAAUAGUUGAUUUACCGGGAGCAAAGUAUCUUCCCACUAUGACAAAUCGAAGGUCAAAACAGAUAAAAAAUGAACUAAGAAAAUCAUUUUCGAUUCUGAUAAAUGAAAGAGCAAAGGCAAUUAAGGCAGGAAAAACCACGGAGGAUAACUUCUUUCAUGUGUUGUUGGAAUCUGAACUCGCAGAAGCUCAUGGAAUCAAGAAUAUGGAUGAUUUGAUUGGAAAUGUUCAGUUAUUUUACUUCGCAGGACAUGAGACCACCACAGCUAUGCUCGUUUGGACCAUGAUUUUACUUAGUAUCCAUCAAAAUUGGCAAGAACGUGCAAGACAAGAGGUUUUUCAAGUCUUCGGAGACCGCAAACCUGAUUAUGAAGGGUUAAGUCAACUGAAAAUUACAACAAUGAUUUUCAAUGAGGUAUUACGGCUGUAUCCACCAAUUGUUGAACUGUCUAGACUGGUUGAAGAAGAAACAAAGUUAGGACAAUACACUAUCCCAGCCGAUACACUAUUGAUGUUGCCAAUAAUCAUACUUCACCGAGACACAGAAUUGUGGGGCGAAGAUGCAAAUGAGUUUAAACCAGAAAGGUUCGCUGAAGGAGUAUUGAAAGCAACAAAUGGGCGCCUUGCAUUUUUCCCAUUCGGUUCAGGUCCCCGAGUGUGCAUUGGACAGAACUACUCUCUAUUGGAAGCCAAACUUGUCUUGGCAAAUAUUCUGAGCAACUUCUCCUUUGAGCUUGCACCAACUUAUACACAUGCUCCCUAUGUUAUUUUUACUGUGCAACCACAAUACGGUGCUCCACUCAUUCUGCACAAGAUUUAG